AUGCCAGCCACCACCCCCCUCCCUCCAGUGGGCGGCGAAGCCACUCAGACCUCCUUGCCGGCCCCUCCACAACAUCCCACAACCGGUCUACCUCUCGACUCGGGUUUCUCCCUUUCUCUCUGGCUUCAGACAGUCCGCAACAACCCUCUCCUUGACCAUCGUACCACCGAAUCCCUCCCAGCCGAGGCGGAUGUCGUAGUGAUUGGCUCCGGUAUCUCAGGCUCUCUCUGCGCGAAGAGCUUGCUGGAAAGCGACAAUCCACCAAAGAGUGUGGUCCUGCUGGAGGCAAGGGAGUUGAGCUCUGGAGCUACCGGGAGGAACGCGGGGCAUUGUAAGCCAGAUCAAUGGCGUGGAUUCACGAAAUACGAAGAUUUACAUGGCACAGAUCAGGCCUUGAAGGCAACCAACGAACAGGAGACCUGGGAAGCCCUGGUCAGCUAUGUUAAGAAGAAUGAAGUUCAAUGCGACCUUUGGGUCGGCAAGACUCUUGACGUCUGUAUGACUGAUGGAGUAGCCGACACUGCAGCCAAGACAUUCGCAGACUAUAAAGCUGCAGGCGGAGACGUGUCCAAGAUUGAAGUGACCGCUGAUCCUCUCAAGGCCGAACAGGUCUCGAGGAUCAAAGGCGCCAAAAGUGUUUACGCUUGGGAUGCUUCCACCCUUCACCCCUGGAAACUCGUUGCCCACAUCAUUCAGAGCGCCUUGGACCUCGGUCUCAAUCUGCAAACCUGGACUCCUGUCACUUCUGUCACCGGCUCUGCCCACCAGUGGACUGUCCAUACCGAAAGAGGAGAGAUCAAGACUAGUAAGGUGGUGCACUGUACCAACGCCUAUGCCGGAGUGCUGCUGCCAGAAACAAAAGGCGCCAUCAAUCCUACGCCCCAUAUGUGCAACAAAGUCAUUCCUCCCACCUCCCACUCUGGCACAAAAGCCCUUUGCAACUCUUAUGCUGUGCUGUAUCCUACCGGAAUGUACUCCAUCAACCCUCGCUUCACCUCCGAUGGUGCUGUUCUCUUUGGCGGCUCGGCACCGAAUCAAUACAAGCUGCUCGAGUAUGUAGCGGAAGAUCCGGAGAAGAGGGCGACGGAUGACGGACUGAUCAAUUUUGAGCCUGUUACGGAGGCUGUCCGAAACCUUGGGAGCGAUGGAUUAGAAUGGGAUCUGGCACCUGGAGAAAGAGGCACUGCACCUAGAUACGACUAUGCCUGGAGUGGCAUCAUCGGAAGAAGCGCCGACCAUUUACCGUUCAUUGGCGCAGUACCAGACAAGCUGGGACAGUACAUGUCUUGUGGUCAUAACGGACAUGGUAUGGCGCGUACCUUUACCUGCUCUAAGGGACUGGCUCAAGUGGUCCAAGGCUUGGCUUGGAAGGAUACUGGGCUCCCAGAGUCCUUUGAGGUAACCAAAGAGCGGCUGGACAAGCUUCGUAAAUAG